UAAAAGUAUUUUUUUUUUUUUUGUACUUGAAAUUGCUUGAAAUUUUACAGGACAUAUUUAACUUGACACCUGUCAUGUUUGUCAUGUUUAUUUAUUUAUAAAAUACGUAUCAUAUAUUCAAGUCCUCGAAUUCUUUGUUUUAUAAUUUAUUUCAUUUGUUUUUUUAAAUAUGUCAUUGCCAAACAAACAACCAGCCAUAUCAGCAAAUGUCAAUAAGAGCUUUAUUUAAAAAAAUUUUUUAAAUAACAGAAUACGUUUUAAAAAUUGUCAACAUGUCAUCGUUUGAUAACAUCCUCUGGAAUAAAUCUAAAUACCAAAGUCUUGAACAACAACAACAACAAAAUACCAAUUAUGUAAAUGGAAAUUCCCAAUCAAUCAUAACAUUGUUAUUGAUUGGAUUGCUGGGAACAGCUGUCAUAACAACAAUGUGGAGUAUUCAUUCACCAACCAAAGCAACUAUUUUUUUGAUUGACACUAAGCUUCCAAUGCUGCACAAGACAUCAACAAGAUUUCUAUCAUUUGGUCUAGACUCAUCACUUUUACGUGAUCCUAAAACACUGCCAAUAAAUAAUGAAGCAUUUAUGAAUUUAGCAAAAUAUCUUAGUCCAGCAUAUGCAAGAAUUGGUGGUACAUCUGCAGAUUGUAUUUUUUUUAAACAAAAUUCAGAUGAUAUUUCUAGGACAUAUGAUAAAUUUGAUCCCAAUGAUAUCACUAAUUUUACACUUACUGAAGAAUUUUAUUUGAAUUUAUAUAAAUUUACUGAAAAAAGUAAAUUAAAAAUGUUAUUUGAUUUAAAUGUGAUGAUAAGAACAGAUCAAAAUGAAUGGAACAGUUCAAAUGCCAAAGAUAUUAUUGAAUUUUCAAAAGGUCACAGCAUGGAUAUUGAUUGGCAGCUUGGAAAUGAACCAAAUUCAUUCAAGCAUGUAUUCAAUCGAUCAAUAUCAGCAACUCAACUAGCUCAUGAUUAUCAACAUCUAAGAAAUUUAUUAAAUGACAUUGGUUACUCUUCAAGUAUACUUGUUGGCCCAGAGACAAAUCACAUUGGUGAUAGCAAUGAAAGAGGUGAAAUGUACACUGAAGAAUUUUUAAAAAAUCAAGAUAAUUGUAUUGAUUUUGUCACUUGGCAUCAGUAUUAUUUAAAUGGAAGAAUAGCAAAAGUUGAUGACUUUAUAAAUCCAAAAGUAUUUAAUCAAUUAUCGGCUGAAAUUAAACAAAUUAAUAAUGCAACUAAAAAUUCUGGUAAAAAUAUAAAAAUGUGGAUAUCAGAAACAAGUACAGCUUAUGGUGGUGGUGCACCAAAUUUAUCUGAUCGUUUUGCUGGUACAUUUCUUUGGCUUGAUAAACUUGGUUAUUCAGCAAGUGUUGGUGUUGAUGUUGUUAUUCGUCAAUCAUUAUUUGGUGGUAAUUAUGCAAUGAUUGGAAAUGAUUUAUUACCAAAUCCAGAUUGGUGGAUAAGUGUAUUAUACAAACAAUUUGUAUCUGAAAUUGUACUUGAUUUAAAAACACCAAAUAAUUUUGGUACACUAAGAUUUUAUGCACAUUGUACAGCAAAAUUAGGACUUGUUAAUCGUCUACCAGCAUUAACUAUUUAUGGAAUGAAUUUAGAUAAUAAACCAAAAAAUAUAUUUAUUCAAGGAAAUUGGAUUAAGAAAAAAACAAAUAUAUUUUUAUACAUAUUAACUGCUGAUGAUUUAACAUCAAGAGAAAUAAAACUAAAUGGAGAAAAACUUAAGCUCAAUUCAGACGGUAGUCUUCCACCAUUUAAUCCAGUCAUCAUAAAACCAACACAAAUGAUAACUCUUCCUCCAAUUUCAAUGGCAUUUAUUGUUAUUCAUGGUGCUGAUAUUCCCCCAUGCAGAUCAUAAAACCAAAUCAUUAUUUUCUAUUAUAUAAUUCAAAACAAUAUAUAUAUUUUUUUACAGUGACAGCGUUUUUUUUUUUUUUUUCUUUUUCCAUGCCAAAAAAAUUAAUUAUAAGUAUUAUAUUAGAGUCAUUGAUAUUUGGUUUCAUUAGAUAACUCUGGC